UGCGGGUGUGGAAGGCGAAAGCCCCCCCGGACUUAUAAAGAGUGAAAACGGUCCGAAAGCCGGAUCAGUCUUCGUGUAUUGCGUGCUGAUGGUGCUAUUGUCGAGUUAUUAGCUAAAUUAUGGCCGACGGAUUGGAUAAGGAAAAAGUCAAACUGCUGAAGAGGGCUUUCUCGAUGUUCGAUUCGACGAAAAAGGGCAGCAUCGAAAAGGAAAAAGUCCGCACUAUUUUGACCACUUUGGGACAGACCUACGACGAGAAGCAGUUGGACGCCCUCCUCGACGGGGAGGACCCCGAAGGGUCGGGCUAUUUAAAUUUCGAUUCGUUUUGUAAAGUCGCCGCUAACUUCCUUGAUAAUGAGGAUGACGAGGUCCUUCAGAAGGAAUUAAAAGAAGCUUUCCGACUGUACGAUAAACAAGGAAACGGAUAUAUCCCGACUUCGAGCUUGCGGGAAAUCUUAGUCGCCCUCGAUGACCAACUCACCAAUGAUCAAUUAAAUGAAAUGAUUGCGGAAAUUGACACGGAUUCCUCCGGAACGGUCGAUUUUGAAGAAUUUAUAGAAAUGAUGACAGGUGAUUAAGGGGUGUACAAAGUGUUUUUUUUAUUAAUGUAUUGUUAAGUGCGAUGGUUCCUAAUAAAAUUGUAAAUAUUUGAA